GGGCGCUGUUCGUUACGUAGAGAGGUAGCCGCCUACACUGCUCUGGAUAUCUAUGGCUGAGGAGCAGUCUACCGACCUCUUUUAAUAACAUGGAUUAUAGACCGACAUUACAUCGUUUUUGUGCUCGUCCUCAGCGCGUAGGCCUUCGUCCUGAAGGCGAUCGCACGGCGGGUGUGAUGUCCCUCUGGUGUGCUGGAUUGUGACGCGAGGACGGGCUCGCUGAGCAGCCUAAUGGACAGUAUCGAUAAGUUAGCUAUCAAAGCCUGACUAGCCUCUUUAUGCAGUUUCGGGACGCCAUUGUCUCAUUUUGUUGGCCCUGCCUGCUUUUGUAUUUGCUGACUGGAACUGGGUAUUACUCUGGAGUGUGUCGUAACAUCACCAUUACUGACAGACAACAGUAUUUACUCAUCUGGAGCGAGGAAGUCCAGCUGCGUCAGGCUAGCUGAGGUUGAUGAAGACGAAACCGGAAGCUGGGUGAUUAUGCUUUCACAAUAAAGGCGCCCAAAAUAUUAGUUUUGACUUUGAAUAAUGGCGUUCGUGAUUAGACUGAGCCUGUAACGCUUAAGGAAAACGGCAGCCAAGCUUUUAUUAGCACCAAAACUCUCCGUCUUUUUAUUACCGCGGUACACUGCAAGAUACCUAAGGCUUCAUAGGUUUUAUUCUGGAAGCUUUGAGCGGAAGUCGCGCCUCAUUCUGCUGUGUUUGACGCUGGUUGGAAGAGGGAUGUGGCCAGGAUGUAUUUAUGCUGCUGUUCAAGAUAUGAAAAUCAUUGAGUCGGCGCUGCUUCGGGAGCCGUGUUUCACCGCCGCACACAGCGGGGGUUACGACAGUUUCGCUGCCUGUCACAGUGCCUGUUGUCGGGGGUCGAAAACUGCGAACGCGUCCGAAGUUGCUGUGCUGGUUUCAUCUGGACUGGACUAUUUCCAUGAAUGCUUCUCACCCUCAAGCCCAAACACUUUGUGUGCGUAAUAAAAGUAUGUGAAUCGAUACAGUCAUAUAGUUGACUUUUUUAGUUAAUUAUUUUCCAGGACUUUUUCUCCCCCCUUUUUUAUUUUUUUUAUUUUACAAAUGUCAACAACUCAGCGUCAAGUAAUGAUGGAGUCCUCUCUAGCUCUCGGCCGACUGGAACUGACCCCUAGUUCAGCCGCUGUUGGGGUCAGCAGGACCCCGCGGCUCUCCGGCGCUCCCCCCGCCAAAGAGAAGUGCGGCCAACGGCAACUGGGGCCACUCGGCCAGGCUCACCUGAACGGCUGUGUCCCACUGUCACAUCAAGUAGCAGGUCACAAGUUUGGAGUGGAUAAAGUGGGUAUUUUGCAGCAUCCAGAUGGAACAGUCCUGAAGCAGCUUCAACCUCCACCCAGAGGUCCACGAGAGAUGCAGUUUUACAGCAUGGUGUAUGCAGAGGACUGCUGUGAUCCAUGCCUUUUGGAGCUCCAGAACCAUCUGCCCAAGUACUAUGGUGCAUGGUCCUCUCCUGACAGCCCCAAUGACUUAUAUCUGAAGCUGGAGGAUGUGACCCGGCGCUUUGUCAAGCCGUGCAUCAUGGACGUGAAGCUGGGCCAGCGGAGCUACGAUCCGUUCGCCUCGCAGGAGAAACGGGAGCAACAGAUCAAGAAAUACCCACUGAUGGAGGAGAUAGGCUUCCUGGUCCUCGGCAUGAGGGUGUACAAGCUGUGCAGUGACACGUUUGAUUCGUACGACCAGCACUAUGGGAGGGGACUGGUUAAGGACACCAUUAAAGAUGGCCUGGCUAAAUUCUUCCAUAACGGUGUUAGUCUGAGGAAGGAUGCCGUGUCGGCCAGCAUCUGCAGAGUGCAGCGUAUCCUCCGCUGGUUUGAGUCCCAGCACCAGCUGACCUUCUACGCCAGCUCCCUUCUCUUUGUCUACGAGGGCCUGCCAUCCUCUUCCUCUUCCCUUUCUUCCCCUUUUAGCACCCCUUCAAUCGGCCCAACCACGGGGAAAACUGCCACAUUGUCAUCGCCGAGUGACAGCAGCCGUGGUGGGGAGGGGAAAGCAAGGCAGGAAGGGGCGGGGCAAGAAGAGGAAGUGGCAGAGUACAACAACAACAAUAUUCAGGUGUCCGUGCCCUGGGACUACAGCCUGGCCACCAUUUACACCAACCACACAAAAGGUGGCCACCACCACUGUGCCAAGGGUCUUCUCCAUGGCAACAGUGAAGACGGCAAUGCUGUGGAGACGACAGUGAGCUCGGUUUCUGGAGAUAACCUCUCAGCCCUGUGUGAAGAAGACAACUCUGCGUGGAAACGGACAGGUGAGCCGCAGCAACCGCCGAAUGGAAACGGAAACAAAUCACAACUGGAAGGGAAGGACGAGGAUGGAGAGCGGGAGGGCAGGGGGAGGAGGAGAGAGGAGGAGGAGGAGCUGAAAGGACAAGGGGGUGACGCAACGGAGGGGAGCAGAGGAGACACAGAGGUGGAGGUCAGGAUGAUCGACUUUGCCCAUGUUUUCCCGAGCGAGAGCCACGAUCACGGCUACAUCUAUGGUCUCAAGCACCUGCUGACAGUGCUGAAGCAGAUCCUCUGUGAGGCCGUCUAGAGCUCUCCCUCCUCCCUACCUUCUCUGUAUCUCCUGACCUGCUCAGUAAACCACUGUCUCGCCCCGUCAACCCCUUCUUUCUUCUCAAAAGAUAGAAACCUUCCGAGGAGAGAGGGAAGAAUCAAAGAAGUGAAUAUUAAAACAGCAUCAUCAUCAUCUCACCUGAUUGUGAUGGUCAGUCGUGUGUAUGGUUGUUGUGUGUGGUGUUUCUGUGUGGUGUUGUGUGUGUGUGAGAGCAAAGUGGAGGUAGUAGAGGCUGAAAGCUGUGUUUUCCCUGUGAUCAGCAGCACUACAUGCACUAAUCAAUCCAUGAAGGCAUUACGACCCCGUACUUAAACACAACAUCUUCAGCUGCAUUUACUGAUGCUCAGUAAAGUCUUCACUUGACUUCACCUUUAGUCCAUCUGAGUCAUAGAAAAGAGUUCGACCAACAUCAUUUUAUGCCAUGGCCACUGAAAUUAGCUGCUGGCUUUCUGUUAAAAUUGUAUAUUGUUACACCUUAAAUUAAGGGUGGGCCAGGCAAUAUAAUAUACAUCAAAGGUGAUAGGAAGUAGUCGACCACCAGAGAUCUGGUCUGAGAAAGUUGAGCAUCAAUGUAAUACAGUACCAUGAUUUUUCAGUCACGCAAUUCACUAAAUGAAC